UUUAUAUCUUUACUAUAAAUAUUUUAAUCAAAUAUAUUUUCCUUUAGAAAAGGAAGCAUGGAGAAUGCAGAAGACGUACUUAAUACCCACAAAAUAAUUGUGUUUGAGUUGCUAUCAAAUCUCACAAAUAAAUUCAUUAAAUUCAAUCAUCUGCGGAUGGAAUACUCGAUAAAACUGUGUGAUCUAAAGAAUAAAACGCGUAUGCUGAUGUCUCAGUUUUCUGCGUCUCAAGAUAAUCCAAUCAGUAACUUGGAGAUUGAAAUUCUUUCGAGAGUGACAGAAGAUAUUAAACGUCAGCACAUUAAAUUAAAUGGAUUUUAUUCAUUAAAUAUAAAGAAAGUUAUACACAGUGCCAAAAAAUCAGUAUUAGAAUUAAUCGUGGAAAAAAAGAAAUUGAUAAAAAUUUUUAAUGAAAUUAUCUUCCAUUUAAAACGUAAUAUUCUCCCUGACAGAAGACUCGAUCCAUUUCAAUUUUAUGUGAGACCUAUAGUUGAAACACAGGUAUGCUUUUUCAUUAGUAUAAGAAAAAUGCACAAAACUGAAGAAAAACUCAAGCCGUUUUUUAAAAUUUUAAACAUGAAUGGAAUGAGGUUCAUUUCUCCAAAAGGAUGUUUACCACUUUGGUUGUAUUCAAAUCGUGGCAUCGAGAACAUGGACGAUUUUAUUGACUCUAGCUAUGAGGCAACAUGUAAUUUUAGUGACUCAUUUGAUUUCAAAGAUGGAGAUAGUACUAGAGACAAUAUCAGUGAUAAUAUGGAUGAUUAAAAUUACCAAAAAAAAUAGUUUUACAUUUGAUUGCAUUUUUUGGUCGUCAAUCUCAACAAUAUCUCAACAAAUCUUAAAUCUGAACAAUAUUUAAAUAAAACUUAUAUCUGAUAUCAUUA